AUGCUUUUAGUGAGGGGUAUAAAAAGGUAUCCUUAUCUUUUACAGGUCAAUCUAAAACCAAGAGUUCCGACCAAAUUAGUUUGUGCUGAGCAUCUUGAAUUAAGAAAAGAAAUAUUGACUCUACUUAAUCUCCAGAAGCAGUUACAAUAUAAGGAGGCAGAAGGUUCAUCUUUUCGAGAUGGUUCAUACGCUGAUACACCAGGCACUCCUAAGCGCUUAUACCGUGGUGGGGAUCAGGAUCGGACAUUUGUUCCCGACAUGAGUUUUGGAGGGGAAAGGGUUGGCAAAAGGGACCAGAAACGCAAGGCACCUGGGAGGUUAUCAGAAGCUCCAUCAUCACCAGCUCAGUCUAAAAGGCCUAGAAAAUUUAAGGCAUCAGAUCUAUAAAAUAAUAAAUCUAGCUGCGAGGAAGCAAAUGAACUUCCAAUGAAGUAGAAGCAGAAGAAGGAAGUUUUUGGUUGCAGAAUUCUUCCUCCUGUUUCGUGGGAAGCAGACGUGGAAGCACUAACUCAAGACCAUCUCAUCAAUUCAUCAUAAUGUAGUUAAGUUUAGGCCGCAAUGCUUUUAGUGAGGUGCAGAAAUCAGAGAUCUUUGUGAAUGAUGAUUUUUUUGUACAUAACUAGUGUUUGGCCCAUGUGAUGCAACAAUGUUACCGUUUCUGACCAAUUUAAAUUGAUCCUCGACUACAUUUCUAAGCU